UUAGAAUUUAAUUUUAUUGGCUGAAGUUACGCGUGGGGGACCAAUUAGAUCAAAGUUCAAAAAGAAAAACAAGCGUCCAUUUUCUAAUGAAGUCUCCUUCAAUCAAUCUGACAUUUACGGAAUAAUGCUAAUUUAACGUCGAUUUUAGGAUAAUUCUAGUAAUUGUUAAAUGUAAUAGUGAAUGUUGGUUCAAUAUUCUUAAUUACUAAAUUGUAAUAAAUACAUUAUGUUAUGUUUGUGACAUUGCGCGGGAUACAUCACAUGAUAAAUUUCAUGCGAUCCUAAUAUGACAAGGUCUGUUACAAAACAUUGGUAACACGAGCCCAGUCUGUCCAGUUUUGUUUGUAUCAGGUUAGACCACUUCGAUGGUGCUCCGUGAUCAUCUUUCAGCGCUUAUCAAGUUCAAGUUGAAAUGGUUCGAGCCAAUACCUUGAUGGCGGGCCAGGAGGGAGUGAAGACCCCGCACCGCAUUGAGCUAUGCGAGGAGCAGCCUGACAGACCUACGCGAAAUUAUAGAAAGCGCAGGAUCAUAGCUACCACACAGUCAAAGACUGAGAAUGCUGUAGUGAAGACUGAGCCGCCAUCGAAGAAGGUCGAGCACAAGUCCAAGCCCCUGAAGACUAGCAACGGUAUUAGCAACAUGACUAACGGCCACUCGGUGCGGUCAAGAGCGGCCCGCGCCGCCGCGCGCGCUGCCGAAAGCCACAAACUGACUGAAUACUUCAAGGAGGAGCUCAAGAGCCCCAAAGUUGAGCCUCCACCGUCACCGCCACGCUUAGAUAAGACUGUGAACAUAGAACCUAAAGUUGUCAACGGCACUGCCAACCAUAAGCUAACAGAAUACUUCCCCGUGAGAAGAAGCGUCAGAAAGACCUCGAAAUGCGUGAUGGCCGAGAAAAUGCGCGAUCUUGAGAGGGCUGUGAGAGAACAGAGAGAAGAUGGACUGCAGGUAGCAUACUUCGAAGGCAAAGGGCGCGGCGUGAUCGCGACGCGAGCAUUCGGCCGCGGGCAGUUCGUCGUCGAAUACGCCGGCGAACUGGUGGGCGUGGCCGAGGCGCGCGAACGCGAGGCGCUGUACGCGCAGGAUCCCAGCGCUGGAUGCUAUAUGUACUACUUCAGACAUGGCGACCAGCAGUACUGCAUCGACGCGACAGCCGAGUCGGGCCGCCUGGGCCGGCUGCUCAACCACUCGCGCAACGGCAACCUGGUGACCAAGGCGCUGUGGGUGGACGGGCCGCGGCUGGUGCUGCUGGCGGCGCACGACAUCGCGCCGGGCGAGGAGCUCACGUACGACUACGGAGACCGCUCGAAGGAGUCGCUGCAGCACCACCCCUGGCUCGCGCUCUGACCUGGGCAUGUCUCCAAAAAUCUCAGUUGGACUACUAAACAUUAUUUAUUAAUUUAGUUUUAGUUAUUAUGAAGUUUGUUAACAAAGUUUCUGUUUAAGGUUGGACAACUGUGUAUUGUUAAGUAUUGAGACAAGUGGCCUAACUCUAGUUUUGAUAUGUGACCGGGUGUAUGGUUAAAUGAUGGAAAAUACUGCCUUAUGCCACUCGUGUUAAGAGCGACAGUCGUACGUCUAAGUUGUUAGUAUAAGUGAAGGAGAUGUUCCAAGGUAUAUUCUAUGGGACUGUUUUAUAUCAAAGAUGUUUAGAGCUGUUGUAAUAUCUGAGGCCUUUUAUGGGAAACUGUUAGAUUUGAUCUUUGAAAGACAGUAUGAAUAACGUAUAUGGAGGUGAAGUUGUGAUGUGACACUAUGUUGUCACUGCAUUAGACUCGCCAAAUAUUGGAGCCAAUUAUGUGUAUAAACUUGCAUGGAGUCACUACGCCACGCCACGGCCAAGUUCGGCAAAGACUUGAGAGGGAAGGAAUGUCUAAAGUAUUAUGGUAUUGCUACCUGAUCGCACUGAGAAUGACUAGUCUCGCGAGCACCAACUAGCACAACGUCAAGCCACAAAAUCGAAGGCUAAGCCAGAGACACUGAUCACAUGGUACAAAGGAAAUCACAAUCUUGCGAAUGUAUUACUUAUUAUGACAACAAUAAGACGUGUUUUUGAACAACAAAACUAUUGUUGAUAACACAAUACUGGUCGCGACACCAACUCGAAUAAUCUUUAUAAUUAUUGUUAGAAUACUUUUAAUGUUAUUUAAAUGACAGAUAGACGCCAGGUUGUAAGUGUUGCUCAUUUGUGUAUGAUCCUACUCAAAUUUCUCGAAAUUCAUUUUCUUGUUAUUUGCUGUCACCAAUAAAGAUUGAGAUAAGAAAUUCGUGCCGUAUAUUAUAUUAAUUCUUAGAACUGCCCACCGAAAUCGAAUCGGUCACCACAUUUCAUAAAUCAUUUUAGUUUAAUGAGGAGGAAUUGUCUUAGCUAUAGCUGCCACUGAACAAAAAUAUUUUAUAGUUAUAAAAAACUAACGUAAGCCUGCGGCUUCGUUCGCGCAUUGUCAUGAUGUAACAAGUAAUAGGCAGAAUAAAAAAGGAACAUUAAAAUUCUCAAUUCAGA